CUUCAAAAAACCACCCUCCCCCUCCAUCAACAACCAUACAGAUGUCCUUGAUGCCCCCCUUAUACAACCUGAUUAAGGGAGCCUUCUCUGCCCUUAACUCCACCAAAAGCGACCUCACUCAGUCCUGUUGGCUCUGCCUUUCUGAGGGACCCCCUUAUUAUGAGGGAACAACCUACAACGGUACCUACAACAACACUGACUCAUGCUCCUGGGGAAGGCAAGGUGCCAGCAAACUAACUUUAUCUGAGGUAUCAGGACAGGGACUAUGUCUUGGUACACCACCCCCUGAAAAGAGUCAGCUCUGUGCCCGCACAGAAAAGGUUACAGCUAUCACAGGCAAAUACUUAGCACCCUCAGACCAGGGAUGGUGGGCUUGUAACACCGGUUUAACCGCUUGUAUCUCACCAACGCUGAUAAACCAGACUGGUUUCUGCGUUCUAGUGCAUCUGUACCCUCGGGUUAUAUACCAUGACUCCCCAUCUUUUGAAGAACAGAUGGAAGGCCUGACCCACCGAUACAAAAGAGAACCCGUCACCAUGACCCUAGCUGUCCUCAUGGGACUGGGAACAGUAGCGGGCAUAGCGGCGGGAAUGGGGAGUGCUGCUUAUGUGCAAGGGUAUCAGCACAUGGAACAGCUAAAGGCCGCUAUAGCAGAGGAUUUGAGGGGGCUAGAGGCUUCCAUCUCUGCAUUAGAAACCUCCCUCACCUCCCUGUCAGAGGUUGUGCUCCAAAAUCGAAGAGGCCUAGACUUGGUUUUCAUUAGAGAUGGAGGAUUAUGUGCGACCCUAAAAGAAGAAUGUUGCUUCUAUGCGGACCACACUGGGGUAGUACGUGACUCCAUGGCCAAGCUUUGUAAGCGACUGGAGGAGCGAAAAUGGGAAAAGGCCGCUGGAGCCAGUUGGUUUGAAAAUUGGUGGUCCAAAUCCCCCUGGCUCACCACAUUGUUGUCUGCGUUAGCAGGGCCCAUCAUCAUCCUACUUUUGCUUUUCACUUUUGGCCCCUACAUUCUUAAUAGGCUGCUACAAUUUAUCCGAGAAAGACUGUCCAUUACGCAGGCUAUGGUAUUAACCCAACAAUACCAAGCAUUAAGAACGACUGACACUCCACAAGAUAAUAUACAGACACCCUAAAUUUUAAGAUUAAAAUUAGUCCAAAGAAAAAGGA